ACUUAAACCCUCGUCAAAAUCGUAUGGGACCAUAGAGACGCACACACACAUGUGAUUAUAAUAAAUAAAAUUUAAUGAUUUUAAUGUGCGAGUAAUAAUCUUUUUAGGGAGAAUACAAGUGUAAGUACCGCCUGACAAAUUUGGUGCGAAUCAAUUAUUUUCCUUCUUCCUAUUUAAAAAAGAGACUUGUCUCUCUUCCCUUCGCUUCACUCCACUUCACUUAAAAGUAGAAAAGCGAUGAUGAAAGCAAACCAAAAGCCGAAACCCCACGCGCCGCCGCGUCCUCUCUUCUCUUGUGGCUUCUUCCGCCGCUGCACACAGUCCGUCCUCAGUCCCACCUCUCCUCACCAGCAGCAACCUCGCCGUAAACCAACAACCACCUCGUCCUCGUCUUCCUCUUCCUCAACCUCAACUUCUCAAAGCUUCACUCAAUGGCGCUUCCCUCAUCACCUUGACCAAACUCCAUCCACCGCUCCAUCUCUUCCUCGGCCUCCUCCACCACCGCCUCUUCCGGUAACCACCACUCUCCAAGAAACAUUCCAGAUCGCAGAGCUUCACCUCACGUCCGUCUCCGAAUCCGACAAGCUCCUAGCUCUGCAGCUACUGGAACGUGUCGUCGUACCCGACCCGCCUUCUGAUCCAACUUGUCCACCGGGUCUCAUGCGAGGCCUCGUCUCUUGCCUUCGCAGCAACAACAAGAUCGUAACGGCCAAAUACGUCACCAAAAUCCUCCUCGCGCUCUGCCUCGCCGAAGGAAACCGCCACGUGGCGGUAGAGGCUGGAGCCGCUCGAGCAGUGGUGGAAACGGCGGCUGGGCUAGAGAUCUCAGCGGUGGAACGAGCCUUAGCCGCGUUGGAGCUCAUGUGCACGACGACGGAAGGCGCGGCGGAGGUACGUGCUCACGCGAUGACGGUGCCGGCGAUGGUGGCAGUAAUGGCGAGAUUGGCAGGGAGAGGAAGAGAAUACGCCAUAAGCAUACUCUCCGUGGUAUACGGGAAAGGAGGAGGAGGAGGAGGAGGAGGAGAGGAGAUAGCGGUGGCGCCGGCGGAAGAGGUGGCUAGAGCGGUGGCGUUGGCGCUGGAAGGAGAGUGUACAGCGAGAGGGAGGAGAAAAGGGGCCCAACUAUUGAAGACACUAGAGGAAUAUGGACGGUUGGAUCUGAGUCAGAAUGGGACAUGAACCAAAUGAAAUCUAACGGUUGAGAUUAUGUCAGAUGACAAAAAGAAAAAUUAUAAUAAAAAAAACUGAAAGCUAGUUAUUAUAUAAUUUGGGGGUCACGGGCUUGUUGUUCUUUUGUUAAAGAUUGUUGUGGGCCUUCGUCUCUGUCUCCUCUCUAUUGUGUGUAUAUAUAUAUAUAUAUAUAUAUAUAUAUAUAUAUAUUUACAUUAUUA